CUCCCAGCUCAACUUCAACUUGCUUCUUACGAGUACGAAGCGCUUAAGCAGCGCUAUCAAAGGCUUGCAACAAGACAUGAGGAGCUGAGCAAGCUUUGCUCAGCAUACAGAGAUGUCAUCUGCGGCUUCUCUACUAGUGAAGAACAAGCAGGGAGCAUUGAGCAACUACGUGCUGAAGCUGGUCGCGAGGGCAUGCGCGCCAAAGCCCUCGAAGCCGACGUGCUUAAGCCCAUCAUCCGAGAAGCCGGAGGACUGCAAGCGCUCGUGUCGCAGAUGCAGUCUUUGCGGUCACUGAUCGAGAAAGUCGGUAGUCUUCCGGAGCUUGAAGAGCUGGUCUCGGAUGUGAACGUAUUCCGCAGUGGCCUAAAUGGGGUCAGGGGCCUCCAGGGUCUAUACGGCCUCAUCGCCGAAGUCAAGGAUUUACGGGAGCAGAAGCUCGAGUUUCGAGAGACGAAAGCCAGGAUCGAUGGGCACAAUGGACUCGCUGCAAAGGCGGCAAAGUAUGACAAGCUUGUCCAGGCUUUCAGUGAUAUUCAGGCUACAGAGGAGCGCACGGCUCCAGCUGGUGCCGUAAUAAUUAACCCUGCACGGGCGACUCUCAUUGCUUCUGUACCACUCGAGAUGGACCCAUAUCGUGAUCUGUAUGAAGCCCCUCCUGUCGACAAGCCACAUAACAAAACCGGUCCAAACAGUAUCCCUUUGGGACCUGCACGCGUACACGGACGAACAGCCAGUCAGAUUCAUGAACAACCAUCGUUGAAGCGAGAACCGCUAGAGAAUAUGGAGGAAAUCAUCAGCAAGCGCCCUCGAGUCGAUCUUGAACGUUUCUCAACUCAGAUACAAAGGUCCAUGCCAUCGUUUCAUAUGGAAAGGCCAUCAUAUGAUCGUCACAAACAUCCAGCCGAACAUGAAGUCCCACGUUCUCGAUCAAAACCGGCGGUGAAGCAAGAAGACCACCAUGUUCCUGAGGUACAAAGCCCUAGCGCCCACAACCGACAACCUGAAAUUUCGCCUCUCUCAGCUGUCGCUGCUGAGAGCGUUUGUUUAACUAAAUCUAUGGUGGCUGGUCGCUACCCAAUUGCACUUUGGACAGGUGACACUGACCCUUUUGCUCCGGAACGACCUGGGAACAUGAAAAGGAGUAGCGAGAUUCCUGUGGAGCUUGGAGAGUUUCUGAUCAAAGAGCUUUCCAAGCACAUCACUGGUGCGGUCGGUCAGCUCUUCGACACGAUGCCGCCGAACAAGGACACAUGCAUACUCCGAUACGUUCUGGAUGGUCAUAGGCCCUCAGGCCAACCGCAGGCGCGCAAGGCUUGUCCUUUGUGCUCAUCGACAUGGGUUAAGCAUCACCGUCCAUGCGCUCUGCUCCUCGGGAUCGAUGGUGUUCGCACCGUGGUGUUCAUGCCACUUCCUGGCAGACCUGGUGAGCACACACACUGGACCGAGAAGAACCACUGGGUAAAGGUCACUGAAUAG